AACCCCUCUUUCUCCCAAUACCAAUCUUGCAGGAAGGAAAAAAUGAGCUUAGCAGAGGCGCUUAUAACAACAGACCUUCGAGGUGCAUUGCCUCUCGUUGCACGAGGUAAAGUGCGCGACUUGUACGAAGUGGACGACAAAACUCUGCUCAUUGUUGCGACGGAUCGUAUUUCUGCAUUCGAUGUGGUUAUGGAAAAUGGAGUUCCCGGCAAAGGCGUCUACCUCACCCAGUGCACAACCAAAUGGUUCGAAAUCAUCCAGAAGGCUAUUCCUCAACUUCGCACUCAUUUCCUUACCCUCAACCUCCCUCCACAGAUCCCUGAAUAUCUGCGACCCGUGCUCCAGAAUCGGAGCAUGCAGGUGCGCAAGUUCAAGGUCUUCCCUAUUGAAGCCAUCGUCCGAGGAUACCUCACAGGGUCGGCAUGGAAGGAGUAUCAGCAACACGGAACCGUGCAUGGAAUUAAACUCCCCCCAGGCUUGAAAGAGAGCCAGGCAAUCCCCACUGGGCCGAUCUACACACCAAGCACAAAGGCUGAGGCCGGUGAACAUGAUCAGAAUAUCCACCCUGAUGAAGCCUCUAAGAUUAUAGGCGAGCCAUAUGCUGCCACUAUUGCCUCUCUCUCGCUCCAAAUUUAUAAGGCUGCUCAUGCCUAUGCCUAUGAACGUGGCCUCAUCAUUGCAGACACGAAAUUUGAAUUCGGUCUCGACACGGAAGGAUACCAUAUUGUACUGGUCGACGAGAUAUUGACUCCAGAUUCGUCCCGGUUCUGGCCCAAAGAUUCGUACGAGGUUGGUCGCAGUCAGGAGAGCUUCGACAAGCAGUUCCUGCGGGACUGGUUGACUGAGCACGGGUUGAAAGGAAAAGAAGGUGUUCUGAUGAGCGAUGAAGUCGUCAAGAAGACCAGCGCAAAGUACAAGGAAGCGUGGGAGAUAAUUGCGGGACGCGAAUAAGUGUUUGCGAUCAACUAGCUGCGUUAUCGUAUUCUUGGAUUUCUAUUUAUUUUCCCCUAAUGGCUUGACGUCUGCAUGAUAAAGGAUACUUAGAUACAGGAAAAUAAAAGGUCAUUGGCAAUU